AUGGAGUCUAUCAUAUUCGUUUCUGCCACUGUAAUUACUGGUGAAGAGGACGCGAAACCCUUCGUCGCAGAUGUUCUGGUCAAAGACGGCCUUGUUGCGCAGAUCGGCGCCCCCGGCACAAUAGAGUCCACGACGGCCCGGCGCAUUGAUGCCCACGGCCGCUACUUGUCACCAGGAUUUAUUGACAUGCACGCGCAUUCGGAUUUGUAUCUCAUUACGAGUCCAAUGCACGAGGCCAAAAUUUCACAAGGCUGCACAACCGAGGUUGUUGGCCAAGAUGGGAUUUCGUAUGCCCCCAUACGCACUAAAGAGCAGCUGCGGGCCAUUCGUAACCAAAUAGCUGGCUGGAAUGGCAACCCCUCUGACCAGGAGUGCCAGACCAAACAUCAAAAGACCGGAAUCUUUGACUGGCAGACAGUGGGCGACUACCUUGACUGUUUGGAGCGGAAUAAAACUGCGACAAAUGUUGCAAUGUUGGUGCCGCAAGGCAACCUUCGUCUCUUGGCGUGCGGACCCAACGACACCCCCGCCAGCCCGACGGAGAUAGAGGAUCAAGUCAGGCUAUUGCGAGAAGCAAUUGAUCACGGAGCGGUUGGAAUGUCCAGCGGCCUGACUUAUACGCCCGGUAUGUAUGCCUCGACCUCGGAGCUCGCUAUCCUCUGCAAGGCCAUGGCGGACGAGUAUCCCGGAACCUACUAUGCGCCACACCAUCGAAGUUACGGGUUCAAAGCUCUCGAAAGCUACGACGAGAUGAUUGGUCUUGGCAAGAAUACCGGCUGUCCAAUCCAUUUGACACAUGCGACCAUGAACUUUUCUGAAAACAAGGGUCGAGCCCCGGAGCUACUGCAGAUGGUCGACGAGGCUCUUAGCUGUGGCAUUGACGUGACCCUUGAUACCUAUCCCUACUUGCCAGGAUGUACGACACUGGCCGCGCUCCUCCCAAGUUGGGCGUCGGCGGGUGGCCCUGAUGAGACGCUCAAGAGGUUGGACAAUGCUGAGAUGCGUGACAAGAUUCAGGUAGCUAUUGAAGUCACUGGAUGCGAUGGUGGCCAUGGUAUCCCGACGAAUUGGGACGAAAUUCAGAUUGGAAGUACGGCACACGAGGCUUUGGCUGGAUAUGCGGGAAGAAGAGUCGCAGAAGUUGCCCGAUCUCUAGGCAAGCCGGCCAUUGAAGUUUUCUACGAUAUUCUUCUGAAGGAUAGACUCGCGACGAGCUGCUUGAUGCAUAUCGGCGACGAAGAGAACGUACGUCUCAUCAUGAAGCAUAAGAAACAUAUGAGUGGAAGCGAUGCGAUUCUCCAUGGAGAAACCUUGCAUCCCCGUGCCUAUGGCACAUUCACACGAUAUCUGGGCCACUAUGCUCGCGAUCUGAGCAUGCUUACUGUUCCACAAAUGAUGGCACACUUGACGUCACGCCCAGCCAAGCGUCUCAAUGUAUAUCCUUUUCGCGGCCAUAUUGGCGUCGGAUCGGCGGCAGACUUGGUUCUGUUUGAUCCGGAGACGAUUCAGGACAUGGCCACCUUUGAGCAGCCGAAGCUCACGAGUAAAGGCAUCGAAUUUGUGCUGGUAAAUGGUGUUGUUGCGGUUGACGCGGGUAAACUUACAGGUGCGAGAGGGGGGCAUGUAUUGAGAAGAAAGAAAGAUGGCAGCGUCAAUUCGGGACCAGUGUAA